GGACACACAGUCUGAGCAUCGACUCAAGUCUAUUAUCUACAGAAGAAACUGUUAUUUUGAGCUGUAAGCAGGAUCCAAAAAGGACUGUAAAGAAGAUGAGGAUGUCUUCUAAGAAAUGAAUCGGCACAGUCUGACUGAAAUGUACACAUAACAGGAGAGAAGCAAUGGGUAGCCCGAUCCCCCUGUUGGCCAGUGUGGUGUCCACUCUGGGUGGCCUGGUCUUUGGUUACGAGUUGGGCAUCAUCUCAGGUGCUUUGCUGCAGCUGAAGGCAGAGUUCAGACUCUCAUGUGUCCAGCAGGAAGCUCUGGUCAGCUCUUUGUUAAUAGGAGCUCUGCUGGCCUCCAUCAUGGGCGGCUGCUUGAUCGACUACCACGGCCGCAGGAACUCCAUCCUCCUCAGCAAUGCCCUGAUACUGACCGGCAGCCUUGUCCUGCUCAUCAGCUCCUACUCUGCGCUGGUGGUGGGCAGGAUCACAGUGGGCUUCGCCAUGUGUAUAUCUUCCAUGUCCUGCUGCAUCUUUGUGUCUGAGAUGGUUACUCCUGGCCGCAGGGGCUUCCUGGUAACACUGUACGAAGCUGGGAUCACUGUGGGUAUCCUGGCAGCCUAUGCCAUGAACUACAUCCUGUCUGACUCUAAAAGAGGGUGGAAGUGGAUGUUUGGAUUAGCCAUUGUACCGACUUUGAUUCAGCUGGUCUCUAUCUGGUUUCUUCCGUCCAGCACUAAGGGCUCUUUACAGCAGAGAGAUUGCUUUCCAACUGAAAGAGACCUCACGAGCGCCAUUGAAAACCUGGAAGCAGAUGACUCAAAAGCCAGCUCCAGCCUGGAAAACAAGAAGGUUCAGUACAACAGCAUGUACCUGUUCCAGCGUAAAGACAACAUGAGGACUCGGACUGUCAUUGGCCUCGGACUGGUGCUCUUUCAGCAGUUCACAGGCCAGCCGAAUGUUCUCCUCUACGCCUCCACCAUCUUCCACUCGGUGGGGUUUCAUAGCAAUGCCUCGGCAGUGCUGGCGUCUGUGGGCUUGGGGUUAGUCAAAGUGAUUGCUACUCUGACCUCCAUGGUGUUUUCAGACAGGGUGGGCAGGAGGCCUCUGCUCAUCAGUGGAUGCUCCGUUAUGGAACUGGGUCUGAUAACCAUUGGACUCCUCAGUGGACAUUCGUUGGUGAAUGCUAAGAGGCCGUGUAAUUCUGAGGACUUUAGUGUUAACAGAACAGAUCUACCUAAUUUAACAGUUUGUAAUUGGUCAGCUUUUGACACGGCUUCUGUUGAGAGCCGAAGACUCCUUAAGAACAACACACCAGAUGAAGAUGUAGUACUUCAUAAAGUUAGACAGGGACCACCGGACACUCCUCUGGCAUCUUCUCCUAGCGUCCAUGGCACAGUUGUGAACUGGAUCAUUCUUGUGUGUAUGAUGGCUGUUGUCAGUGCAUACUCCGUUGGAUUUGGACCAAUGACCUGGCUUCUCCUGAGUGAAAUAUUUCCAGCUGCUAUCAGAGGAAGGGCAUUCGCAUUCACCAGCUGCUUCAACUGGGCUGCCAACCUGUUGGUCACAUUCACUUUCUUGAAUUUUAUUGAGACCAAAGGGAAGACUCUGGAGGAGAUAGACGAGGAGCUGUGUUUCAGCAGGUUGUACCACAGUAAGGAGUGUUGUGGCAUCAUCAGACGGAGAAACAUUUCCCCACAAUACCAGAGAGUGCACUGUCAAGUUACCACCUCAGGUGCCUUGACCCUCUUGGGCAUGGAGUUCACCAGAGCUUCACUUCUUGCGCCCCUCCAUGAGGACGUCACAGAGCUGGUGGAUGUUAGAGACCUUGCGCUCCUCCACCUUCCGUUUGAGGACGCCCCACAGACGCUCAAUAGGGUUUAGGUCUGGAGACAUGCUUGUCCAUCACCUUUACCCUCAGCUUCUUCUUCAGCUAGCGAGGCAGAGGUCGUCUUGGAGGUGCGUUUGGGAUCGUUCUUCUUUGGUCGAGCAUGGCGAGGCCUGUUCUGAGUGGAACCUGCCCUGUUGAGCUGCUGCUCAACUUCAGGGUCUUGGCAACCUUCUGAUAGCCUAGGCCAUCUUUAUGUAGAGCAACAAUUCUUUUUUUUUCAGAUCCUCAGAGAGU